CAUGCUGUUGACAGCAGAAACUGUUGGCUCCAGCUUGCACUGCCCACUGUACCGGAGGGCAGUGGCUUUUCGUGCCGUGAUAGAGGCUGAAUCGGCACCCUCGGCCAUCUUAGAGCGCUUUCUGAGUACACCCAGGAUUGCGUAUAUAAGUGAACAUAGUCAAGGCUUCUACGAUAGCCCUCUGCCUACGAUGGUUAACAUCACAUACGAUACUGCUGGGUCAAUCGUCUGGUUCAAUGCUGCCGCAGAUCCGCCCGUUGAGGUCGUCUACAACCCAGGCGAUAUCGCCUGGGUACUGACUUCGACGGCGCUGGUCUGGCUGAUGAUUCCGGGUGUCGGGUUCUUCUACUCCGGGUUGUUGAGGCGAAAGAACGCUCUUUCCUUGAUCUAUAUGGGCAUGAUUACUCUGGCUACGGUUGCCUUGCAGUGGUUCUUCUGGGGUUUCUCUUUGGCCUUCAGUGACACAGCCAGUCCUUUCAUAGGAGAUCUUGAACACUUUGGGCUCAAGGGCAUUCUAGAGAAACCGUCCAUCGGCAGCCACCGUGUGCCGGCGCUCGUCUUCUGCGUCUAUCAGCUAAUGUUCGCUGCUUUCAGGCCCAUGCUCGCAGUCGGUGCCUUCGCCGAGCGUUCCCACCUUGGUCCAUUGCUCGCCUUCGUUUUCGCAUGGUCCACGCUUGUAUACGACCCCAUCGCAUGCUGGACCUGGAACCAAAACGGCUGGGCAAAAAAGCUUGGAGGGCUUGACUUUGCUGGAGGAACGCCUGUUCACAUCUCCUCAGGGACCGCCGCGCUCGCUAUCUCUAUCUACCUCGGGAAAAGGAAGGGGUAUGGCACGGAGUCACUCGCGUUCAAGCCACACAAUGCGACGUAUGUUAUACUUGGCACGAUCUUCCUCUGCUUUGGGUGGUUUGGCUUCAACGGCGGCUCCGCCCUCGCCGCGAACUUGCGUGCUGCACAGGCCUGCGUCGUCACAAGCAUAGCAGGAAGCGCCGGUGGCUUGACUUGGAUGCUUUGGGACUAUCGCAUCGAGAAGAAGUGGUCAGCAGUUGGUUUCUGCUCAGGUGUUAUCGCUGCCCUGGCUGCUAUCACGCCUGGAUCUGGAUUCGUCGGUGCUGCCGCUGCGGUCCUAUUCGGCGUCAUGGCGGGAACAAUCUGCAAUUUUGCAACGCUGCUCAAGUACUUCGUUGGCUACGACGACUCGCUCGAGAUCUUUGCGUCGCACGCUGUAGCCGGCACCAUAGGAAACAUCCUCACGGCUAUUUUCGCGCAGAAAAGUGUUGCUGGAUUUGACGGAUUCACAGAAAUUAAGGGCGGCUGGUUGGAUGGCCACUUCGUCCAGCUCGCGUGGCAUAUCGCAGACUCAGCUUCUGGACUUGGGUAUUCGUUCGCCAUGACGACAAUCAUCCUCUGGGUUAUGCACUACAUUCCUGGUCUCCGCCUCCGAGUGCCUGAGGAGACGGAAAUCGUAGGAAUCGACGAACGCGAGAUGGGAGAGUUCGCAUACGACUACGUUGCACUCCGGAGGGAGCUCAAGCCUACGGCCUAUUCGAAUAUGACGACGACUACGACUAAGGCUACGCCUACGGUGGUACAAAGAAAUGCCCAAUG